GCCCGCGCAGGGUAGGCGGGGUAAGAAAAUUUCCCAACCUCGCCCUAUCUGGACUUGCUGUGUUCUCCUUGGGCAGCGACAACAACCUCGACGACCUCACACCUCAACCAUCCGCAUUUUUGAUACCCAUCCGCAUCAGCUCCUUUUCAAUCCCACACAAAAGACCGCCAAAAUGGGUUUCACCGAUCUCGUCAGCGACGCCGGCCUGUCCGUGCUUAACAGCUACCUGACCACCCGCUCUUACAUUGUCGGCCACAACGCCACCCAGGCCGACGUCGCCACCUUCAAGGCCAUCUCCUCCGCCCCCGACGCCGAGAAGUACCCCAACGCCGCCCGGUGGUACAAGCACAUCGCCUCCUACGAGUCCGAGUUCCCCACCCUCUCCGGCGACGCCUCCAAGCCCUACACCGCCUACGGCCCCGAGGCCGCCGAGGUCACCCUGAACCCCGCCAAGGCCCCCGCCGCCGAGGAGGACGACGACGACGUCGACCUGUUCGGCUCCGACGACGAGGAGGAGGACGCCGAGGCCGCCCGCAUCCGCGAGGAGCGCCUGGCCGAGUACCGCAAGAAGAAGGAGGGCAAGGCGAAGCCCGCCGCCAAGUCCGUCGUCACCAUGGACGUCAAGCCUUGGGAUGACGAGACCGACCUGGCUGCCCUCGAGGCCUCCGUGCGUUCCAUCGAGAAGGACGGUCUGGUCUGGGGUGCCUCCAAGUUCGUUGCCGUCGGUUUCGGUAUCAAGAAGCUGCAGAUCAACCUCGUCGUCGAGGACGACAAGGUCUCCCUGGAGGAGCUCGAGGAGGAGAUCGUCGGCUUCGAGGACUACGUCCAGUCCUGUGACGUCGUCGCCAUGCAGAAGCUGUAAGCAGCUUGCAUGCAGGUGAUCUGUCAGGUAUCGGAGUGGAAUAUAAAAGCAAAAAAGACGAAAUCUGAGGCUGUCGGGAGAUGGCUAUGACUGAAGAUGGGAAUAAUGAUGGUGUCUAUCUACACCGCCUGCUUUGUCGAGCUGAGCGCCGGAGAGUAGAAUGCGUCAGUAAACAGCAUGAAAACCAAAUGCAAUGAAACGCAAUAGACAGGGUUACCAUG